ACAUUGAUUCUGUAUAUUUUUGCCAAAAUAGGGUUAUUUGAGUUUUGUGUGUCUCUGAGAUUAUUGUUUUACAAGAAAAGAAAAGAAAAAAGAGAUGGAAACAAGAAACGAGACAAAAGCUUCACCGGAAAACAACCUCAGAAACAGAGGAGCUGUUGGAAACAACAGCAAGAAAGACAUGAUUUUUCGAGCUGAUAAGAUUGAUUUGAAGAAUUUGGACAUCCAGCUAGAGAAACAUCUGAGUAGGGUUUGGUCAAGAAGCAUUGAGAAGCACCCUAAGCCUAAGGAGGAAUGGGAAAUUGAAUUGGCUAAAUUGGAGAUGAGGAAUGUCAUUGCUCGUGGUGCUUAUGGUAUUGUCUACAAAGGCAUCUAUGAUGGUCAAGAUGUUGCAGUGAAAGUGCUUGAUUGGGGAGAAGAUGGUUACGCGACAACGGCUGAGACUUCUGCUUUACGUGCUUCAUUUCGUCAAGAAGUUGCGGUUUGGCACAAACUUGACCAUCCUAAUGUCACAAGGUUUGUGGGAGCAUCAAUGGGAACAACGAAUUUGAAAAUACCUUCAUCAGCUGAGACGGAGAACUCGUUACCUCAGCGAGCUUGUUGUGUUGUUGUGGAGUAUAUUCCUGGAGGAACUCUUAAGCAGUAUUUGUUCCGUAACAGGCGAAAGAAACUCGCUUUUAAAGUCGUGGUUCAACUCGCUCUCGAUCUUUCUAGAGGGCUAAGUUAUUUGCAUUCGGAGAGAAUUGUUCAUCGCGAUGUGAAAACAGAGAAUAUGCUUUUGGAUUAUCAGAGGAAUCUUAAGAUUGCUGAUUUUGGAGUAGCUAGAGUUGAAGCUCAGAAUCCAAAAGACAUGACUGGAGAAACUGGAACUCUUGGAUACAUGGCUCCAGAGGUUCUUGAUGGUAAGCCAUACAACAGAAGAUGUGACGUUUAUAGCUUUGGGAUAUGCUUGUGGGAGAUUUACUGUUGUGAUAUGCCUUAUCCUGAUCUCAGCUUUGCUGAUGUUUCUUCUGCUGUUGUUCGUCAGAAUUUGAGACCGGAUAUUCCAAGAUGUUGUCCAACAUCAUUGGCGACCAUAAUGAAGAGAUGUUGGGAAGCUAAUCCGGAGAAACGACCGGAGAUGGAGGAAGUGGUGAGGUUGCUUGAAGCUGUCGACACUUCCAAAGGCGGUGGAAUGAUCCCGGAAGAUCAGAGACCUGCCUGUUUCUGCUUUGUAUCUGGUCGUGGUCCCUAAAUUUACCCCCUCUCUCUCCUUUUACCUUUAUUUACUUACUUACAUUCACAUUGAAUUUUGGAGCAAUGCUCUGUUUUUUUUUCUUCUUCUUAAUCUGUCAAGAUAAAAAAAGUUUUUCAUU